AUGGCAAUUUGGAAUUGUGAUUGCGAGGGCUGCGACAAACCUUCUAUUCGCACGUAUAGGGACUGUGUCCUUUACGACCACCAUUUUUGCGUGAAACAUCUGGGGCCAGAGUAUCAUACAUGCCCAAAAUGGGAGGAUGAGCAUCAUUACGGCCCUGUUAUUCAAGAGGCUAAAAAGAAAGAAAUCACCACUCUCAUUGACAAAAUCGACAUAUCAACGCUCACUCAGCGCGCUAGCAGUCUCCGCAAUGGUCUUGCGUGCUCCGUAGCCCAGGGUCUACAAUACGAUAGAGCUUUACGCAGCUCAGUCAUAGGAGGUAUGAAUUAUCAUAUUGAGAUUAUAUUCGAAGAUGGAAUCAGCUGGCUCGCACGCAUCCGAAAACUCAACGCUACUUCCCCACUCCCGGAGCUGCGGGACUACAUCCUAGGCAGUGAAGUCUCAACCUUGCAGUUCUUAAGCAAGACAAAAGUUCUUGUUCCUACAGUCUUUGACUUUAAUCCGGAUAAAUCAAACCCUGUCGGUAUCGGUUAUAUCAUGAUGGAGAAGUUACCUAGGAAGCCCUUACGAUAG